AACAUGAUAGCCCACGGAACUCCAUGAACAAGUUCAUCCUAUCCUUCUUCUUGCAUCAAUUCAGGAGGCUGCCAGUCUUUUUGGGUUGGUAUUUUGCAUCCCAUACAUGCCUCCCGGCGCCGCUGGACGAACCCGCCGGCCUGGAGGUGCGGCGGGAGGCGCUUCUGACUCGCAAACUACCUAGGCAAACAUGUGUGGGACGGCGUGCCUUUUUUACCACCACCCCGGCUGAUGAUCGCAACUGUCAGAAACUGCUGGUGUUAUGGGAUCGGAUAUCGGACCAUUCACGCGGCAGAGGCUGCCUGCCUGCCUCAGAGGCAAGGCCAGGCAAGACAAGACAAGACAAGACACGACUACUCGUAUCUCAACUACCACAACCAGCCAUGCAUAUGUGUCGAUGCGGUCGUUUGGGCCGAGACCCUGAAUAUUCCGUCCCCGUCUGA